CCAACACAACAAAUUCGACAAUACCGAUUGUGUCCUCUCCUCCUCUCUCGCUCUCCCUUUCUCUCUCUACAUCCACAAUGGCCCUCAAAGCCGUUCACGUCUCCGACGUUCCCAACCUCGAUUGUGUCCACGACAAUGCAUCUCUCUCUCUCUGCACUUCGCGGUUCUCGAAAGGUGUGGACAUUGAGAGGGCUAAGGUGCCGAAAUUCCUCGUCAUCGGGCACAGGGGGAACGGGAUGAACAUGUUGCAAUCAUCGGAUUUGAGGAUGAAGGCAGUGAAAGAGAAUACGAUCCUUUCCUUCAAUACUGCCGGAAAACACGCCAUUGAUUUCAUCGAGUUUGAUGUUCAGGUGACAAAGGAUGGCUGCCCCAUCGUUUUUCAUGACAACUUCAUCUACUCUGAGGAAAAUGGAUCAAUUUUUGAGAAGAGAGUCACAGAAUUGUCACUCUCUGAGUUCCUUACCUACGGUCCUCAGAGGGAGCUUGGUUUGGAUGGGAAAACAUUGUUGAGGAAAACAAAAGAAGGAAAUUUUAUAAAUUGGGCCGUUGAAUCCGAUGAACACGCAUGCACUCUGCAGGAGGCAUUCGAGAAAGUUAACCCUUCUUUGGGGUUCAACAUUGAGUUAAAAUUCGAUGACUACAUUGUAUAUCAGCAGCAGCAGAUAACCGAUGUGUUGCAAGCUAUAUUGCAAGUGGUUUUCAAUCAUGCAAACGAACGGCCAAUUAUAUUUUCCACCUUCCAGCCAGAUGCUGCUCUUGUUGUCAGGCAACUCCAGAACACCUACCCUGUGUUUUUCCUCACUAAUGGAGGAAACGAGAUCUAUGGUGAUGUAAGGAGAAAUUCCUUGGAGGAAGCCCUCAAACUAUGUUUGGAGGGUGACUUGCAAGGAAUUGUUUCCGAGGUGAGGGGCGUCUUUAGACAACCGGGAGCAGUUAAGAAAAUCAAAGAUCUUCAACUCUCUUUGCUCACAUACGGCAAACUGAAUAAUAUGACUGAGGCCGUGUAUAUGCAACAUUUGAUGGGGGUGGACGGGGUGAUCGUGGAUCUGGUGAGGGAGAUAUCGGAAGCCGUGUCAAAGAUGGCGAGGCUGAGGGGCGACGUCGAGGAGAAGAUUGUAAUGGAGGGAGAGGAGCAAGUUAUAGUAGAAGGGAGCAGGCCCCAGUUCUCACAAAUGGAGCUGGAAUUCUUGUUGAAGCUCAUUCCUGAGUUAAUACAGCAAUAAUGAUGAUACAAUACACACCACAACUAUUGUAUAAUUAGUUGAAUUUGAGGGAUUAAUCUUGUGUGUGUGUGUGUGUGUGUGUUUAGGGGGUCUGUAGUUUCUUACACUGCACAUAUUUCUUUUUUCUUUCACUCCUUUUUCAAAACUUAGGAUGAUUAGCAAUUGGAAAUAGGUUAAUGUCUAGUCAUUUUCCAAUUAGAUGUCCUAAGUCUUACUCUCUUUAUCGGAGGAUUGUAUGUCAAAGCACCUUUGUACUGUAAUGUAUGUAGGGGUGGUUAAUUUUAAUGACAUUUUCACUCUAAUUUGUCAA